AAUCAAACCGUGUUAAAAAAAUAAGCUAAAAACAUGAAUAAGUUCUUAGCAGUUUUUUGUUUUGUAACUUUGGCUGCCUCUGUGAUAGCUAAAGAUUAUUGUAACAAAAAUCUUUGUUUUAAUGGUAACAAACAUAUUGCCUGUGAAAAUGAUGGAAAAUUCUACUCCAUUUGUCCUAACGAUGCCGAAAAGCGUAAAAUGACUGACGCGCUGAAAAAGUUAAUAGUCGAAGAACACAAUGAAAAACGUAACAUUGUAGCUGGUGGUACUGUUAAACAUCUUAAGCCUGCCUGUCGCAUGGCCACCAUGGAAUGGGAUGAUGAAUUAGCUUCUUUAGCUGAACUCAAUGUUUUGCAAUGUAAAAUGAAACAUGAUAAAUGUCACAAUACCAAGGAAUUUAAAUACUCCGGACAAAAUCUUGGUGCAAUUGGUUAUAGAGGCAAUGUUAAUGAUACUGCUAGCAUACUAAAAUCUAUUAAAAUGUGGUUUGAGGAAAAGAAGGAUGUUAAACAAGCAAUUAUUGAUAAAUAUCCUAAAGGCCAUAAGGGACCAAAAAUUGGUCAUUUCACUGUUAUGAUGGCUGAUCGUAAUACACGUGUGGGUUGUGCUGCUGCCACUUACUCUGUUCCUGGCAAAGAUUAUAAAAAUUAUUUGUUUGCUUGCAACUAUGCCACCACCAAUAUGAUUGGUUUCCCCAUCUACAAAAAAUGCGAUAAGCCAGCUUCUAAUUGUAAAUCUGGAACUAAUUCAAACUAUAAAAAUUUGUGUUCCACAUCGGAAUCUUAUAAUAUUAACAAAUUUCCUUAG